AUGUAUUCUGCGUCUUCCCAGCGUAUUGAAACCCUGCAAGCCCGUCAGGGGGAGGGGGAGGGCAUGUUGGUGAGCCAGGAGAGGAACACACCUGUCUCUAAAAAGAAGAAGCAGAGCGCAUGUAGUACGAAGUGCUGCGAAAUUCUUCGCGAAUAUCGUCAGCAAUUUGUCGCUGAGAACGUUCCUGAUGGUUCAAGAAAUGAAGAGGAUGAAGAGGAUGAAGAGGAUGAAGAGGAUGAAGAGGAUGAAGAGGAUGAAGAGGAUGAAGAGGAUGAAGAGGAUGAAGAGGAUUGGUGCAAGUGCCAGGUAGGUAGAUAG